AUGGUGGAUGUAGGAAAGUGGCCAAUCUUUACUCUGCUCUCAUCUCAGGAAAUUGCAUCUAUUCGGAAGGCCUGUGUCUUUGGCACCUCAGCCAAUGAAGCACUGUAUGUUACUGAAGAUGAUGAGGUCUUUGUAUUUGGACUGAACUAUAGUAACUGUCUAGGAACUGGCGAUAACCAGAGCACACUUACGCCCAAAAAGCUAGAAGCCUUAUGUGGAAAGAAGAUUAAAAGCCUUAGUUAUGGCAGUGGACCCCAUGUUCUUCUCAGCACUGAAGAUGGAGUUGUUUACGCCUGGGGCCACAAUGGAUACAGCCAGCUCGGAAAUGGGACAACCAACCAAGGCAUUGCUCCCAUCCAAGUCUGUACCAAUCUCUUGAUCAAACAAGUGGUUGAAGUAGCUUGUGGCUCCCAUCAUUCAAUGGCCUUGGCAGCUGAUGGAGAGGUAUUUGCUUGGGGCUACAACAACUGUGGCCAGGUGGGAUCAGGAUCUACAGCAAAUCAACCUACUCCUCGAAAAGUUACACAUUGUUUACAUAUUAAGAGGGUGGUGGGCAUUGCCUGUGGUCAGACCUCAUCCAUGGCUGUUCUUGACACCGGUGAGGUGUAUGGCUGGGGUUACAAUGGCAAUGGUCAACUGGGCUUGGGAAACAAUGUCAAUCAGCUGACCCCUUUGCGAGUGGCAGCUUUGCACAGCGUGUGCGUGAACCAGAUUGUCUGCGGCUAUGCACAUACGCUAGCACUAACAGAUGAGGGCUUGCUCUAUGCCUGGGGAGCUAACACGUAUGGGCAGCUUGGAACUGGCAAUAAAAAUAACCUGCUAAACCCAACACACAUCAUGGUGGAGAAGGAAAGGGUGGUAGAAAUCGCAGCCUGCCACUCCGCCCACACGUCUGCCGCCAAGACCCAGGGCGGGCACGUGUACAUGUGGGGCCAGUGCCGGGGCCAGUCGGUGGUGCUGCCUCACCUCACCCACCUCUCCUGCACCGACGACGUAUUUGCCUGCUUUGCCUCUCCCGCCGUCUCCUGGCGCCUCCUGUCUGUGGAGCAUGAAGAUUUUUUAACAGUUGCAGAGUCCCUGAAGAAAGAAUUUGACAGUCCAGAAACUGCUGACCUAAAGUUCAGAAUUGAUGGGAAAUAUAUCCAUGUCCAUAAAGCUGUUUUGAAAAUCAGGUGUGAACACUUUCGAUCCAUGUUUCAGUCUUAUUGGAAUGAGGACAUGAAGGAAGUGAUAGAAAUAGACCAGUUUUCUUACCCAGUGUAUCGUGCCUUUCUUCAGUUCCUCUACACAGACACUGUGGACCUGCCGCCUGAAGAUGCUAUAGGUCUUUUGGAUUUGGCGACAUCUUACUGUGAAAACAGACUGAAAAAACUUUGUCAGCACAUUAUCAAGCAAGGAAUCACUGUGGAGAAUGCCUUCUCAUUAUUCUCUGCUGCAGUCAGAUACGACGCAGAGGAUUUAGAAGAAUUCUGCUUUAAGUUUUGCAUCAAUCAUUUGACAGAAGUUACACAGACUGCAGCAUUUUGGCAAAUGGAUGGCCCUCUGCUAAAGGAAUUCAUUGCUAAAGCCAGUAAAUGUGGAGCCUUUAAGAACUGA